AUGGGUAACUCAAAUUCUGUUUCAGUUCAACCUAUUUCUAAACCUUCUUCCGCAUCUUCCUCUCAUCAUCAUCGAAAAAAGAAAUCUUCAAAUAAAAUUAACAGAAAGAAAGUUGAUGAGGCUAUCACUUUAUCUGCUUUUGCUGUUCAAGCAGAUAAUCAAGGAAAUCAUGAUGUCGCUAUGGAUUAUUAUUUAACUGCAAUCGAAAAUAUGUUAGAUGCUUUACCAAUUCACUCUAAUCAAUCUCGAAAGGACGCGUUGAAGAAUAAAUUAAGAGAUUUUAUGGAUCGAGAAGGAUUAACUGAUGAUUUCAUGGAAUCGACUAAUGCUUCCUCAGCUGCCAAAGCUGCCGAACGCGAAAAAUAUAAAUCAGCUUUUAGUACAAAUGCUAUAUCUGAAAAUAUUAUACAAGCUGCUAUCACAUCUGCUGUCGCAUUAAAACAAUCACCAAUUCCUGAUGCAAUAUCGGCAACAGUAAAUUAUACCAUGAAGAAAAUUCAAAAAAUUGAUGAAACUUACGGACUUCAAGAUAAAGCAUGGGAAAUAUCAAGAACUGGAAUUAAUUUGGCAUUAGAGAUUGAUCAACAAUAUAACGUUCAUGAAAAAGUUGGAAAUGCUCUCUUUACAGGAUUAGCAGCUGCAAUGAAGGCAGGAAUCGCUUACAAAGAUUCACCUUCAUAUCGUGAGAUACGAAAAAUGAAAACUGAAUUUCAAAGUGCGGGUACUUCUAUCAGUCAUAGUAUUAAGGAAGAAUCUUAA